UCUCAGAGCUCACACUCCUCACUUCUCCAUGAUCGCUACACCACCAUUCUCUCAUCGAUCACCACACCGCCAAUUCGCCGCCAGCUCGCUACCACUUUAAUUAUGUAAAUUUCAGCUAGUUUUUCAGAUUCGGAAUUGAAAUAACCAUUUUAAGGUUAAAAAAGUGUCACUGCUCUUCUUCUUUUUUUUGGAUUCUCUCAUCUCAAUAUGCACAGAUCUGAAACUUUAUACAAAUUUCUGAUUGUAGCAACUAGGUAAGUUCAUUUGUUUGCUAUUUGUAUAGUUGCAUAGAGAUAGAAUUAGGUUAAUUUUGUUGUACUUCUCAAGGAUGAAAAAUUUGAAAUGAGCUGCACUAACCUACCAUUUUUGUGUAUUUUGUGUUAGAAUUAGGUUAACUUUGUUAUAUUUUUCGUGGUUUAGUUAUUUGUGCUGGUAUUGUGUGGUAGAAUUGGGUUUUCAAGGAUUUAUGGUGACUUGAUAAAAUUGUUUAAAUUUAAGAUUUACUUAGUAUUAUGUUAAAUUUUGUAGUUAUUAUGGUUGCUGCAAAAUGCUUUAGAAGUCAAAUUAUUUCGUGUUUGUUUUUCGGCAGUGUGUUAUGUCUUGAUGUGUGUUUGUUUCUUUACUUUUUACUUUUUGUUUCCAGCUGGUGUUCUUGUAUAUCUGCUGUGUGCUGUUGGUAAUGUUACUGUUGUGUGUUGUGUUAUCUCGGUAAUGUUACUGUUGUGUGUUGUGUGACUUUUGAGGCUCAACUUGACAACAUUGAGAAGAGAUUAGAAGGAGCAUUCAGGAGCCUGAUUAGAUCGAGGUGCUCGCUCCUGAAUGUUUUCUCCAGCUAAUCUGAAAGUUCCUACUCAGAAUCUAUAAAGUUAUCACUUUUUUCUGCUCUUUGAUUCCCUCAUAACAGGUGAAUGAGGCAAGUGCAAGUGCUAGUGAGAUUCUGGCUGGGGCACUCCAUGAUAAUGGUCGUGCAAUCCUUGUCGGGCAUAAGACUUUUGGGAAAGGAAAUAUACAGAGUGUUACACAGUUGCACGAUGGAUCGGCUCUAUUUGUUACAGUAGCCAAGUAUUUGUCUCCUGCACUUCAUGAAAUCGAUCAAGUGGGAAUAACACCUGAUGUACAACUUUCUGGACAGGAGAAGUUCAGGACUUUGACAAGCUCCUACUUCAAAUGUGCUCAUGGGAUCAUUCUUGUGAACAUACUGAAAAUUUUGGUUAUGGUGUUGUUGAUCGUUUUGUUGGACAUGGUAUUGAGACAGUAUUUCACUCUGAACCACUCAUAUUUCAUCACCCCAUGCCAAAGAUUAAACGUUUUAAGAAUCCACUAAAGUCAGCUAACGGACAUGCUUCAUCAUCAACUACUCCAGUGGCACAAGACCUCCAAGUUGCUUCAACAAAUCCUUCACAAGCUGAUGGAGUCCAACAAGAACAAACUCCAAUUCUCCCGCAGCAAGAACAAGCUCCAAUUGCCCUGCAGCAAGAACAAGCUCCAAUUCUGCCUUCUAAUUCAAGUGCAGCAUCUCUGCACCCACGUCCAUCUGCACGAUAUUGGAGAGUAAAGGCUAAAGAUUCAGAAAACGCUAUCAAGCAGAUUAAUGUCAAGGUUAAUGAGGUUAAUAAUCUAACUGUUGGAGAGCGCAUCAUUGUGGACUUUGACGCAUACAAAUCCGCAUAUGGUGAUGCACAGGGACUACUCGCUGGAUAUUGUGGAUCAUUGGCAAUUGAUUGUAAUUUAUUCCCAAUUAGUUUUGAGAGGUGGUCAGGGCAAUCAGGCAUGCCUAAGAAGUACAUGGAAGACUGCUUUGAAACAAUAUUGAAGCCUCGAUUUCUUUUCCGGGUUUCUGAGUCCAUUGCAUACAGAUAUUGCAAUAGUAGCAUUUCAAAAAAGUGGGCUACAAGAGAUUGUGGAAUGAAUAUUUUGACCCUGCAAGAAGCAAAAAUGAGAUCAUUAGGAAUGUGCCAUCUGGUAUAA